CUCGCCACUCGCCCCUCAAGCCCAACCUCUUUCACCACCCACCACCCACCUCUAAUACUCAGCAAUGGCCCCCAAGCCCGCCUCCACCGCUUCCAAGGCCCCCGCCUCGCAGGCUGCCUCCAAGGCUCCUGCCAAGACCACCAAGGCCGACACGGCCAAGAAGGCAACCAAGACUGCUGCUGGCGCUGACGGCGAGAAGAAGAAGAAGCGCCAUACCCGCAAGGAGACUUACGCUUCUUACAUCUACAAGGUCCUUAAGCAGGUCCACCCCGACACUGGUAUCUCAAACAAGGCCAUGGCCAUCCUCAACUCGUUUGUGAACGACAUCUUCGAGCGCAUCGCCACCGAGGCCUCCAAGCUCGCUGCAUACUCCAAAAAGUCGACAAUCUCGUCGCGCGAAAUCCAGACCUCUGUACGGCUCAUCCUCCCCGGUGAGCUCGCCAAGCACGCUAUCUCGGAGGGCACGAAGUCCGUGACCAAGUUCUCGAGCUCGACGGCCAAGUAACCGCCUUCUCUUGGACUUUCGGAUUUUCUCGCUUUCUUUUUCUCACGUUUUUCGCUGUCGUUUUUUCGAGGGCGUUAGAGCCGAGCAUGAGGAUGGGAGGUGCACGAGGAUGGGACGCACGUUGUACAUUACUUGUAUGAGAUAUUUAUCACGCUAAUCUACUUUUCCUUAAAACUCUCACUUGGCGUGAAUCUAUCUGAGCUUCACGAUAC